AAUUGUGUUAAGGAGGUUAAAAACCUGUAUUUUUUCACUAUAGUUUUAGCUUAGAAUCAUCUUUAGGAUUCUUGUAGAUGGAAGUUACGUGGUGAAGAUCACUUUCAUAGUUUUGUUUACCUGAAGUAAGGACAUAUUUGUCCUCAGUACACAGUCAAGAUUAUGGUAAGGAGAUGAGAUAUAGUGAAUUCUUAGUAGUUUUUCUAAAUUCUAGUCUAUGUAUAAAGCAUACUAAGCAUUUCAUUGAAGUGCAUAUUCCUUUCUAAGGCCUGUGAAUGAUUCUACUUCUGAUAGUAGCAUAAUUAUAUUGGUUUUGAUUUUUUUGUAUCAAAAAAGUACUGUGUAUCUCCUAUGCCCAUGAACAAUUUCUUAAAAAUCUUAAUGUGACUCAAAGAAGUGCUCCAGGUAUGUGUGUAUCAAUCAGUAUUUGGAGAAUGUUCUUGAUGCCAUGAAGCAGUAAGACACUAAAACAUACUCAAAGCAGUUCAUAGAGAGUUUAUCUGACAUGAAGGAUUAGAAAGGCAACUUGGAAGCUUCACAGUCUCAUGCAAUUUUGAACACAUGGCAAGGAUAGCAGAUGUGCUUCCUCCAAAUAAAAACUUAAAUCAAGAUCCUAAGUUUAUGAACCUAGAUUUCAGCCUUUCAAAACUAGUGACUUUAAUGAAAUUGCUGAGCACAACAAACCAAAUCUCUGUUCAUUGUAUAGCUUCUCCCAAACAUGUUAUUCGUCAUACCCUGUUGUAUGUGUCAGCACAGACAGGCAGCUGGGACAACCACAAACUUGUGGCAGAGAAGCACAAGUGGAGGCACAGGUGCCAGUAAAUCAUCACCAGCCUUCUGUUCACACAGGCCUUACCAAGAGUUAUUUCCAGCUGCAAGGUCACUUGAGCAAUUUACAGUCCCCUUACCAGUCUUUGGCUUUUUAACCCUUUUCUCCCAAAACCUUGUCUGAAGUUUUAUCAUAGAUCUUUUUUACUUGUAAACAUCUGCUUCAUUUUGGUGAUGAAUGAUGUGAAAGCUCAGGGUAAUCUAUUUGAAAAAUGUCCUAUGCCUGCUCUAGGAGGCUGGCAAACUGACAUCUGUUUGCUUAUGUAUUCAUUUUCUUCUGUAUUAAUUGUUUGCUUUGAGUUUGGUAGUGGGACAGAGGAGAAAAGAAGGGGAGAGGCAUAUGAGACUUGUAUGUUUGAUCUUCCCAAAGCAUUGGAGGAGGGAAUAGUUCUCACUAUUGGUCUCUGAUUAUUCUGCUUGCAAAAUAAGGUGCUAAUACUUUCUAUCUGAAAAAGUUGUACCUAUUUUUAUUUCGUGCAAGAUGUAACAAUGUGAAAGAAAGAAGUGAGAAAUGAGGAAACACGUUUGACGUCUAGUGAGUGCAUAUUCCUGUCCCGUGCCUCCUAGCCAUUUACUCUUCUGUUCUGGUACUCCACACAAAAACAAGUGAAUAAAAAGAAAUCAGAAGUAUCUAUUGUCAUUUGAGCCUUUUUAAGAUUAAUUUUUUUGCUUGGGAAAAAUAAAAGCUUUAGUCGUGUCUGUGUUUAAAUUUGCAGUCAUCUUUCUAUUCCCUGUGUGCUAUAAUUUAUUCCUUCUCUCCCAUCCUCCCCCUUCUGCCCAGCCCUAACUUUUUCCUGUCUUCCCUACCUCCUCCCCUCUUCCCUUUCCCCCUUCAGCCCCCCCUUCUCCCUCUCAGCACUUCUGUCCUACAGAAACUUCCGAAAGGAGAAAGGGAAGAUAGAACUCUAGUUCUUAAUAUUUCUCAGUGCUUCUUGAAAAGCUUUUUUGCCUUUUAUGCUACCCUACAGCUACUUCCUUUCUGAAAUUACAAUUGGUCUAUGCUAUCCUAAUAAAUUUCAAUCUUCUAGGUUUCAUUCCUGCUUCUGAAAGACAAGAGAGUUCAUUUCCACCGAGAUGGUUUAGUGAAAAUCAGAAGCAGGACUUUAUUGUGUAGUAAUUAGAAGAGAUGAGGAGAAAGGUGCCUUCAAAUGACAAAGGGAAUUCCGUAUAAACAGCUGACUGUUGGUGUCCCCAAGGAGAUAUUUGAGAAUGAGAAGAGAGUGGCUCUGUCACCAGCUGGAGUUCAAGCCUUGGUUAAACAAGGCUUCAGUGUUGUGGUGGAAUCUGGUGCUGGAGAAGCUUCCAAAUUUUCUGAUGACCAUUACAGAGAAGUUGGAGCAAAGAUCCAGGGGACCAAGGAAGUCCUGGCUUCGGAUUUGAUUGUGAAAGUGAGGGCUCCUGUAUACAACUCGGCUCUAGGUGUACAUGAGGCAGAUCUUUUUAAGACGGCGGCGACCCUGAUUAGUUUUAUCUACCCAGCACAAAAUCCAGACCUCCUGAAAAAACUAGCAGAAAAAAAAGCUACUGUCUUGGCUAUGGAUCAGGUUCCACGGGUCACCAUUGCUCAGGGAUAUGAUGCACUUAGCUCCAUGGCCAACAUUGCUGGUUACAAGGCUGUGGUACUGGCAGCAAAUCACUUUGGUCGAUUUUUCACGGGUCAAAUCACAGCUGCUGGUAAAGUUCCUCCAGCAAAGGUUUUGAUCAUUGGAGGAGGAGUUGCUGGCCUAGCUUCUGCAGGAGCAGCAAAAUCUAUGGGUGCAGUGGUUCGUGGAUUUGAUACUAGAGCUGCAGCUUUGGAACAGUUCAAGUCUCUUGGUGCUGAGCCUUUGGAAGUAGACUUAAAGGAAUCUGGAGAGGGACAAGGUGGUUAUGCUAAAGAGAUGUCAAAAGAAUUUAUUGAAGCUGAAAUGAAACUUUUUGCCAAACAAUGCCAAGAUGUUGAUAUUAUCAUCACUACAGCACUUAUUCCAGGUAAAAAAGCUCCUAUCUUGUUUAAGAAAGACAUGAUUGAAUCAAUGAAAGAGGGUUCAGUUGUUGUGGAUUUAGCUGCAGAAGCGGGGGGAAAUAUUGAGACUACAAAGCCUGGAGAAAUGUAUGUUCAUAAGGGUGUUACACACAUUGGCUACACAGAUCUGCCCAGCAGGAUGGCUACUCAGGCCAGUACCCUGUAUUCCAAUAAUAUUAUCAAACUUCUAAAGGCUAUUAGUCCUGACAAAGAGAACUUCUACUUUGAUCCAAAAGAUGAAUUUGAUUACGGGACUCUGGAUCAUGUUAUUAGAGGAACUGUAGUAAUGAAGGAUGGCAAGAUCAUUUUCCCAGCACCUCCACCAAAUAAUAUUCCUCAAGGAGCACCUGUGAAGCAGAAGACUGUAGCAGAGCUGGAAGCGGAAAAAGCAGCUACUAUUACGCCUUUCAGAAAGACUAUGACUAGUGCAUCUGUGUACACAGCAGGUUUAGCUGGUAUGUUAGGACUGGGCAUUGUGGCACCGAAUGCUGCUUUCACUCAGAUGGUGACAACAUUUGGCCUGGCUGGAAUAGUGGGGUACCACACAGUGUGGGGUGUGACUCCUGCUCUGCACUCUCCACUCAUGUCGGUGACUAAUGCUAUCUCAGGUCUAACUGCAGUUGGUGGGCUGGUAUUGAUGGGAGGACACUAUCUUCCUGAAAACACUUCUCAAGGUUUAGCAGUGCUUUCAGCCUUUAUAUCUUCAGUCAAUAUUGCAGGUGGAUUUUUAGUCACACAGAGAAUGCUGGAUAUGUUCAAACGUCCCACAGAUCCUCCUGAGUACAACUACUUGUACCUGCUUCCUGGUGGUGUAUUUGUAGGAGGCUAUGCAGCAGCUCUCAGUGGUGGCUACAGUAUUGAACAGAUGAUGUAUCUGGGGUCAGGACUAUGCUGUGUUGGUGCCCUGGCUGGUCUGUCUACUCAAGGAACAGCUCGUCUUGGAAAUGCUUUGGGUAUGAUAGGUGUUUCAGGAGGUUUAGCAGCAACUCUUGGAAGCCUUAAUCCUUCACCUGAAUUGUUGGCACAGAUGUCAGGUGCAAUGGCACUUGGUGGUACCAUAGGUCUGACAAUUGCUAAACGCAUCCAGAUCACAGAUCUGCCUCAGCUGGUGGCUGCUUUCCACAGUUUGGUUGGUCUGGCUGCUGUGCUCACCUGUGUAGCAGAAUACAUGAUCGAGUAUCCUCACUUUGCUACUGAUCCAGCUGCAAACCUCACUAAGAUUGUGGCCUAUCUUGGCACGUACAUUGGUGGGGUGACUUUCAGUGGCUCCCUUGUUGCAUAUGGAAAACUGCAAGGUAUCCUGAAUUCUGCCCCUCUGCUCUUGCCUGGUCGACAUGCAUUAAAUGCGGGAUUGCUGGCUGCCAGCAUUGGCGGAAUGAUUCCGUACAUGAUGGAUCCCAGUUACACUACAGGAAUUACUUGCCUAGGUUCUGUGUCAGCGCUCUCAGCCAUCAUGGGUGUCACUUUAACAGCAGCUAUUGGAGGUGCCGACAUGCCUGUAGUUAUUACUGUCCUGAACAGUUAUUCUGGAUGGGCUUUGUGUGCUGAGGGCUUUCUACUGAACAACAACUUGCUGACCAUUGUUGGUGCACUCAUUGGCUCCUCUGGGGCCAUACUCUCUUACAUCAUGUGUGUGGCUAUGAACCGUUCUCUUGCAAAUGUGAUUCUUGGGGGCUAUGGCACUGCAUCAACAGCUGGAGGGAAGCCCAUGGAAAUUACUGGAACCCAUACAGAAAUCAAUGUGGACAAUGCAAUUGAAAUGAUAAAAGAAGCCAAUAGUAUUAUUAUUACUCCAGGUUAUGGUUUGUGUGCAGCAAAAGCUCAGUACCCAAUAGCUGAUCUGGUGAAGAUGUUGAGAGAACAAGGGAAAAAUGUCAGGUUUGGUAUUCACCCUGUGGCUGGCCGUAUGCCAGGUCAGCUGAAUGUACUACUAGCAGAGGCUGGUGUUCCCUAUGAUAUUGUACUGGAAAUGGAUGAGAUCAAUGAAGACUUCCCAGAAACUGACUUGGUCCUUGUAAUUGGUGCAAAUGAUACAGUUAAUUCAGCAGCUCAGGAAGAUCCGAACUCUAUCAUAGCUGGAAUGCCGGUUCUUGAGGUCUGGAAGUCCAAGCAGGUCAUUGUAAUGAAGAGAUCUCUGGGAGUUGGUUAUGCAGCAGUAGACAAUCCGAUCUUCUACAAACCCAAUACUGCCAUGUUGCUGGGAGAUGCCAAGAAGACUUGUGAUGCCCUGCAAGCGAAAGUCAGGGAAUCGUAUCAAAGCUAAAUACUGAUUUGUAUUCUGUUUGUGUUUGCGACUACGCCUUUGUCACAGAGGUUAUGGAAAACGAGGUAGAAGAAUCUCUCAUUGUUUUAAGGCAGCUGGCUUUUAGAGAAGACUGCAUUGACUCCUAGGAGAUGUAGUUUGGUCAGGGGAUAUAAACUUUUAUAAAAAACAUGGGCAGAUUAGCCCUUCAAACUAAAUCUUCAGUGAGGCAAUGCACUAAAAAAUGAAAAUGUGCUUUUUAAGGUUAACAUUUUGCUGUUGUAAGAAGGAACUAAUAACUCAGUCAUCUUUUAAGUAGUUACUGACUUCCUCCUUCUAAGUGUCUGUACUUCUGUCAUGGAAAUUCACUAAAAAAUACUGUGCCAGAACUGUAUUCAGUCGUAUCGUCAAAGUGGUAUUUUGGCUGGUAUGGAAAAAACAACUGUUGAUUUCAUCAAAACUUAAAAAUAAAUUUCAAACAGAUGCAAGCAGAAGUAAAUCCUUGCAUAUCCCUUCAAACUCAGGACAUUCUAUGAUUCUAUGAUAUAGAUGCUUACAAGAUUUGAAAUUCUAAGCAUUAUGCUCUUUUGGGGAUUGUAUGGAUGCUGUGAAUCAGGAACAUUGUAGGAAAGUUACUUUUCUUUAAAAUACGGUUCCACUUUUUUUAUGGUGCACACUUACGUUAAAUGAAACACAGGAUUUCAGGCACUUGCCAAGUAGUUUUCAAGUCUGACACGGAAAUGUACUUUUACUAGUACUGCUUGACUAUUUUAAGCAGCUGCUCAAUUCUCCAUCUUUUCCAGUUGUUGCCUUUUUAAGUGUCUGAGAAAAAAAUACGGUCCAGUUCUGCACAGACAGAACAUCUUGCAUACCUGAUCUGUUCACAGAAUUCGGACCACAGUGUUUCAGUUUGUUCACUUAGACUUUUAAUUGUAUUUACUACUUCAAAAUUUAGUUACGCUUUCUCAAUUAACGUUUUUGUAGUGCUGGGAAAAACACUUUUGAACUCUCUCUUUCUACUCUGCCAUUGUGAGACCCCACCUGGAGUGCUGUGUUGAGCAGCUGGGUGCCCAGAACAAGAACGAUGCUGACCUGUUGGUGCAGGUCCAGAGGAGAGACACUAAGUUGAUCACAGGGCCCGAGCACCUCUCCUAUGAAGACAGACUGAGAGGGCUGGGGUUGUUCAACCUGGAGAAGAGAAGGCUCUGGGGAAACCUUAGAUCACUUUCCAGUACCUAAAAAGAGGCCCAUAAGAAAAAUGAAGAGGGACUUUUCACAAGGGCUGGUCGUGGUAGGACAAGGGGGGAAUGGCUGCACACUAAAAGAGAGUAAGUUUAGAUUAGGUUUUAGGAAGAAAUUCUUCACUGUGAGGCUGGUGAGGGACUGGAAAAGAUUGCCCAGAGAAGUUGUCAACUCCCCAUUCCUGGAAGUGUUCAAGGCCAGGCUGCUGGGCAAUCUGAUCUAGUGGAAGUUUCCCUGCCCAUGACAGGAAGUUUAGAACUAGGUGAUCUUUAAGGUCCCUUCCAACCCAACCCAUUUAAGAUGCUGGAGCUUACUGUAUUUUUUUCUAGAUAAAUAAGCUAUUGUUUGGACGGCACAGAAACACAAUAAACUUAAAAUACAAUGUAUUUGAUUAUUCUCACUAAUUAAAAGCACUGCUAAAUUCCCAGUAGAAGUCCAGCAAAGUUAAAUUAUGACAUAGAUUGCUGUUUUGUUUUUAUUAUAUUAAGUAUACUUGAGUGAAACUCAAAUAUUUACCUAAUAAAUUGAAUUUGUCAUAUUUCCAUAAUGUUUUCCUAAUGAUGUAGCAACUGUCCAUGGUGAUGAAGGCUAAAUAGAACUAGCUGUGCUUGCGCUAGAAAGCAUUCAUAUCCGGGGAAGCCAAACUGUUAUAGAGUAAGUCUUGAAAUUAAUCCAUCUUGCUUGAUAGAACAAACAUUUUUUUCAUUACACAUUGCGUAGAGACCUCAUAUAAAAUACUGUAUUUCUUCUUGGCUACCUCUGUUUUUAUGUGAAGAUCACUUAAAACACAGACUUUGAAUAGGUAAUGCAUUAAGAAAUGUAGCAAUAUACAAAAGAUCUACUCUUUUUGCAGAUCUCUUUUAUAUAAUUUGACAUAAAAUUGUCAUGCAAGCAUUAAUAUGUUGUAUACUGCAGGAAAAGACUUGUAAUUUUUAUUUAAAACAUUGUGGCAGCUAUAUUUGAAUGUAACACCUAUGGCCUCUUGAUUUCAUUGUGUUCAACUUUUCCUUCAUGUCUGGAAAAACUAGGGAAGUGGGAGAAGAAAGACAAGGAAAUAAUCCUGUCUCUCUCUCUCACUCACAACUAAGAAAUCAAAAAAAGGGAGAUUUGAAGGGAUCUAAAAUCCUAAAGCAUUCAUUUUUGUCAUGUUGAGAUAUCUAACUGCAGUAUGCAUCAUGUCUCUGAUUAUGGGUAGCUAAUAAAAGACUUAGCUUUUCUUUAAAAAAUAGCGAAUAACAAGGGAGGGAGAACAGUUUCCUUUGUAUUUGCUAUACAUGCUAUUUCCCAUGCUGUUUCCUUGGAUCAGAAGUACCAAGUGUUACCUUUAAAAUGUGCUUUACCAUGGAACACCAGGUAAUUUUUGAAGUGCUAAUAAAAAGUCAGUUAUUUUUCUCUGUUGA